AUGAUUGAAUAUCUUUUUUCUAAUAUAACUAUUAUAUUUAUAUCUACUACUUUGGUGUUCAUUUCAUUUAAACUCAAAUACUAUGAAUCAAAAUGGGAACAAGAAUAUAUCGAUCUUGCAAGAACUUUUAUUGAAGAAUCAUACGAAGAGUAUAAAUCUUUAAUUUCAGAUAAACCAGAUGAACCAAUCAAGAAAAAGCAAUCAUUAAUUGAUAUGUCUGAUUUAUUAAUGUUUUGUGCUGGUACACCACCACAAGAAGAAGACGAACUUUCCAAUGUCAAAGGUUCAUAUGCACAAUUAGGUGAAUCAUUUAUGGGUGUGCCACUGGAUCAAGAGUUUCAAUUCAAAAUGUCAACCAUUUUUCAGUCUUGGUGA